UGUCCUGCGCAUGCUCUAUCUCAACCUAGCACAUUGCAGAAGGGACUUUCGUCCAAUUUUGGUUUCCCUUUCCUGUCUUUUCAGUAUUGCAUUGGGAAAGAAAAACAGUGCAAAUACUACCUGAAAUAUGUCGACUGUGAACCAGAACACUCGGUUAAAGUCGUACAAGAAUAAAGGUCUCGACGCCGAGGAACUUCGACGGAGACGCGAAGAAGAAGGUGUGCAAAUUCGUAAAGCGAAACGAGAAGAACAUGUUUUCAAACGCAGAAAUGUGGAAGAGGGACGUUUCGAUUCGACACCCGAACUUGUAGCGUUGUUACACGACCCAGUGGGGCAGGCCAGAUUAGAUAAGCCGAUAAUUGAGAAGUUAUACAGUGAUGUUCCAGAGCAACAGUUACUUGUAACACAACAGCUGAGAAGGUUUUUAUCCAAGGAACCUAAUCCACCCAUUGAAGAGGUAAUCAGCAGUGGUGUUAUCCCAAGACUUAUUGAGUUUUUACAAGGGUCAGACCAUCGCCUUCAGUUUGAAGCUGCUUGGGCUUUAACAAACAUUGCAUCAGGAACAUCGACGCAGACAAGGAAAGUUGUUGAAGCAGGAGCUGUUCCAAUAUUUAUUGUAUUAUUGUCCUCCCCACAUGAAGAUGUUCAAGAACAGGCUGUAUGGGCACUUGGGAAUGUUGCAGGUGACAGUCCUGAAUGUCGAGAUUUUGUCAUUGCUAAUGGCAUGUUGAGACCAUUGAUUGAGAUAUUAUGCGGUACUUCAGAUAAACUUAGUAUGAUGAAGAAUGCAGUUUGGGCAUUAUCAAACUUAUGCCGUGGAAAAAACCCACCACCAGAUUUUUCGAAGGUUUCUAUGUGCCUGCCUAUGCUUGCACGGUUAUUAGUCACAAGUGAACCAAAGUACCAAUCUGAUCCAGAUAUCUUGGCUGAUGCUCGCUGGGCUUUGUCAUAUCUUUCAGAUGGACCAAAUGAGAAGAUUCAAGCAGUGAUAGCUUCUGGUGUAUGCCGAAGAUUGGUUGAAUUAUUGAUGCAUCCCUUCAAUAGCGUUGUCUCGGCAAGUCUGAGGGCUGUAGGAAAUAUAGUCACAGGCGAUGAUGUGCAGACGCAGGUUAUUUUGAACUGUAAUGCUUUGCCGAGCCUUCUUCAUUUAUUGAGUUCAUCGAAAGAAACCAUUCGUAAAGAAGCUUGCUGGACAUUGUCUAAUAUAACUGCUGGCAACAGAGCACAAAUUCAGAUGGUGAUUGAUGCCAACAUCAUUCCCAUGUUGGUGGAAAUCCUUGGUAAAGCUGAGUUCAAAACAAGAAAAGAAGCAGCAUGGGCAAUUACUAAUGCCACGUCUGGAGGAACCCCGGAACAAAUAAGGUAUCUUGUUGAUCAAGGAUGUGUUCCUCCAUUGUGUGAUCUUCUUACUGUCAUGGAUUUGAAAAUCAUCCGUGUUGCACUUAAUGGCCUGGAGAAUAUCCUUAGAGUGGGAGAAAUGGAUGCCAAACAAAGUGGGGAGAACAAUAAAUAUGCUUUAAUUGUUGAGGAAAGUUAUGGAUUGGACAAAAUUGAAUUCCUUCAAAGUCACGAAAAUGAAGAUAUUUACAAGAAAACAUUUGAGAUUUUGGAAAAUUACUUCAACACCGAUGAUGAAGACAACAAACUUGUGCCGCAAACCACAACGGAUCAAGGACAGUUCCAGUUUGCACAAAAUGUUGAUCUUCCACAAGAAGGCUUUCAGUUUUAAUUCAUGCUUGCAGUCAGAAACCCAUAAGAGUGAAUGAGCCCCAAAAGUGGUUGAGUGAAAGAUCCCCUGAAUGUGAAAGAUAGGAUGUAUCUAAAUGAGUGAGCGAGUUCCUUCUUUAUGCAAGUCCCCCCUGAAUGAGAAAGAUACAGAGAGAUUGAAAGUAUAUAUGAUUUCUUGAAUCAGAAAGUGGAAAGCCCAUUUGAAAUGAAAUGUGAAUGAGGCAGAGAUUUGAGAGUAAGAAUGUUACAGUUACAUGAAAGCAGGAAUCCAAUGUGAAUGUUGAAAGUCCCCCAAAUAAUGAGAGUCAAAGUCCACAUUGAAAGUGAGAAAGUUUUACUGAAAGUGAAAGGCAGUAAGUUAAUAAUUAAGCACCUCAGUUAAGAGCUCUAACAAUUGAUUUACUAACCAUGUUAAUAAUGACAAAGAUGCCUGCAAUUGUACAAGCUAAGAACAUAGUUCAUUAAAAUACAAGAGAUCUAUUUACAGUUAAGUUAAUGAGAAUAUAAGGAGGAUGGAUUUGCCCUAGGCAUCCAAAUGGUACUUUUUUAUUAGGAAGUGUUGGUAUAUACAUGCCUUUGAAUAUAAAUAUUGUGUUCUUUCUAAGUACAAAAAAAAUGUUAGUAUUAAUAUCAUUUUUGCAUACUA